AUGGUGGCAGUGACAUUCUUAAGGACACCUUUCUCCUGGGUUGGUGAGUGUUUCACAGCCAACGGUGCUGAUUAUAGGGGAACUCAGAACUGGACGGCACUACAAGGUGGGAAGCCGUGUUUAUUCUGGAAUGAGACUUUCCAGCAUCCGUACAACACUCUGAAAUACCCCAAUGGAGAGGGUGGUCUGGGCGAGCAUAACUACUGCAGAAACCCGGAUGGGGAUGUGAGCCCCUGGUGCUACGUGGCAGAGCAUGAGGAUGGCGUGUACUGGAAGUACUGCGAGAUUCCUGCCUGUCAGAUGCCUGGAAACCUUGGCUGCUACAAGGAUCAUGGAAACCCACCUCCUCUAACUGGCACCAGUAAAACAUCCAACAAACUCACCAUACAGACCUGCAUCAGUUUCUGUCGGAGUCAGAGGUUCAAGUUUGCUGGGAUGGAGUCAGGCUAUGCUUGCUUCUGUGGGAACAACCCUGAUUACUGGAAAUACGGGGAGGCAGCCAGCACCGAGUGCAACAGCGUGUGCUUCGGGGAUCAUACCCAGCCCUGUGGGGGUGAUGGCAGGAUCAUCCUCUUUGAUACUCUGGUCGGUGCCUGUGGUGGGAACUACUCAGCCCUGACAUCCGUGGUCUAUUCCCCCGACUUUCCCGACGCCUACGCCACGGGGCGGGUCUGCUACUGGACCAUCCGGGUCCCGGGAGCCUCCCGCAUCCACUUCAACUUCACCUUGUUUGACAUCCGAGAUUCCGCAGACAUGGUGGAGCUGCUGGACGGCUACACCCACCGCGUCCUGGCCCGGUUCGACGGGAGGAACCGCCCACCCCUGUCCCUUAAUGUCUCUCUGGAUUUUGUUAUACUGUAUUUCUUCUCCGACCGCAUCAAUCAGGCCCAGGGAUUUGCUGUCUUAUACCGAGCCAUCAGGGAGGAACUGCUGCAGGAGAGGCCCAUCGUCACCCAGACACUGGCCGAGGUGAUCACGGAGCAGGCCAACCUCAGCGUCAGCGCUGCCCACUCCUCUGAAGUCCUCUACGUCGUCACCACCAGCCCCAGCCGUCCGCCGCAGACCGUCCCAGGAUGGACCGUGUAUGGCCUGGCGACCCUCCUCAUCCUCACAGUUACAGCCAUUGUGGCAAAGAUCCUUCUGCAUGUCACAUUCAAAUCCCACUGUGUUCCUGCUUCAGGGGACCUUAGGGAUUGCCGACAACCAGGAGCUUCAGGGGAGAUCUGGAGCAUUUUUUAUAAGCCUUCUACAUCAAUUUCCAUCUUUAAGAAGAAGCUCAAGGGUCAGAGUCAACAAGAUGACCGUAACCCCCUUGUGAGUGACUAAACACCAUCGUGCCUAGGACAUGAGGUCCCUCUUUCAGCUCAAGGCUGCUGGGAGCCGACCUUGCCAUGGUUCUCCUCUGACAAAGACCAGCUCUUCCCUGCCUCUCCCUCCUGAGAAGGGCACCCUGCUGCAGGGCAGCGGAAUCCAGAUUCCUCUUGCUUCAUCAGCUGCACUGGAGAGAGAGACUCAAGGCCCAGCACGGGCCCUCCCUGCAUCUCGCUCCGGUCUAGCAGUGGGGGUGUCACACAGCGGGGGCCAAGAUGACAGAGGUGGUGGCAGCUGGCAUUAGGCUCAGGUACAUUCUAGACGACGGCUGGGUGGUGGGGAGGUUUAGUGUAUAUUGAACUUUUCUUCUGCUUUGUCCACACACAGAUCGGGUUACUCUGGUCUUUACAGUUGGAACAAGGCCAGACUGGAAGAAUUCUCAGGUCUCUUGAGGGCUGGCCUGGUUCCACAAGUAUAGACUCCUUGGCGUGAGUGGCCCCAGAUUCUGAAGAGCGCUGGUGCUCUGUGCUGACCCUGGAGCUUGGCUGUCUGAGUGCUGGACUGGGGUGGGCCUAUUCCAUAGGGCCUGAGAAGAGGGUCUAGUGGCCCCAUUCAUGUCACACCUGAUGCCUUCCACACACACGCUUUUCUCUGGAGGCUUCUUUCUGCAGCUCGGUGAGCUAUGGAGCCUUCUUGAGGGGAGGGCGUAUAAAAUAUCCACUCACUGCUACAGACUACUGGAAGUGUUUAUAGGCACUCAGUAACCCCUUUUGAAUUGGAUUUUUUUGGUGGGGGGCAGUACAGGCGAUUGAACCCAGGGCCUUGCAAUGC